AUGACAAAGAACCAAGAUAAACAAUCCGAAAAACUAUACAGGAUGCAACACCAGACCUCUGUAACGGGGGUCUAUGGACGUGGGGACUAUGACGCCAAGGAAUACAACCGAGGCGAAGACCCGAAAUACAAUAUUUCCAUUCCAACCUCCCUCCUCUUCAACCACUACGCCUCCGUACAAGUCCCAGUCCCCGUACAAGUCUCAGUCCCCGUACAAGUCUCAGUCCCCGACCCCGCCCCUGCACCCGUCCAAGUUCCCCCCUCCGGGAACAAAAACAGGACACCAGCUAAAGCCAGCCCAGUUAGUUCUUUCAACCCAGCCAACCCACCAGCCCAGAAAUCCUACGCUGCCACCGCUGGAAACGCCUCGAACCCGGAAUUCACAACAGUCACCAAGAAGAGGAACACCAAACCCAAAGCAUACCACCUGUUCAAACCUGAAAUCACUAAACUCAACCGGGAAAUCGUAAUCAAAGCAAAGAAGGAACUGACAGUCACUCCAUCAGACAUUAGAGUCAAGAUCAAUACAAAAAUCCAGGACCCUGACUGCCAAUUAAUUGCCGUCCGGAAAACCACCAAAAACAAUAUCAUACUGGAAUCAAAGUUUGCAACUCCAGCCACGAAGGUUCUGGAAUAA